CGCCGACCGUCGUCGAGUAAACAAAUAAAAAGAAAUUUUUCUCGCUUUUGUUCAGCAAAAGAAUUUAUUUUGAGAAAAUUAUCUGAAAUUAUGACGACUUUGUUGAUUCCUGCUGGCAUUGCUGGUGGUCUUUAUUUGAUACGGAAGCAAAGGGAAUAUUCAUGGGGCUGGGUCAAGAAACCUCACAACCUCGAAGGUAAAAUCUUCAUCGUAACAGGCGCCAACACAGGACUCGGCUAUGAAGUCACAAAGUUUCUCAUAAAAUGUGGCGCAACUGUGAUUCUCGCAUGCAGAAACCUUGACAGAGCUGCAGCAGCAAUGAAAAAGAUCCGCGAAGAGACCAGAAAUGGAACAAUGAUUCCAAUUGAACUUGAUCUUGCUAGUUUUGAGUCAAUUAGAAAGUUUGUUGGAAUUAUUAAGGAAAAGUAUCCAAAUUUCCAAUGUUUAAUCAACAAUGCUGGAUUGGCUGUUCAGACUGAGCAGACAACAAUUGAAGGAAUUGAGUUGCAUACAGGAACUAAUCAUAUUGGACCAUUUUUAUUGACAAACUUACUACUUGAUGAUAUUAAGAAGAAUAAUGCUCGAGUUGUGAUUGUUUCCUCAAAGAUGCACGAACGUGCGGAAGUAGAUUUUGAGAAUUUCGGUAAAUACACUGAAAAGCCACGUGGUGAAAGGUCCAAUCAUCUUUACAACAACAGCAAAUUGAUGAACUUUUACUUUGCCAAAGAACUUUACAAGCGUGGAAUUGACGUUCAUGUUUGCUGUCCAGGGUUGUGCAACACUGACUUCUUCCGUGAUUAUGAUCCAAAAUUCUAUCAUUACAUCCUCUUCUCACCAGUCAUUCUAUUCAUGUUGAGAUCAGCUGAGCAAGGUGCACAAAACAUCAUUCAUUGUGCAUUGGACAACCUGAAUAGUGACGAUAAGAAUCCAGACAAGUCACACAUUGUGAUUGAUUUAAAGCAAGCAAAGUCAAAAGUUGACUUGAGUGACGAAGUUUCGGAAAAGUUGUGGAUCGAAAGUUCUAAACUUUGUGGAUUAAAUUAAAGGAUGUUGGAUAUUUGUGCUUAUUGUGGCUUUUCUCAAUUGUCAAUUUAAUGGGGAGGGUUUUGGGGAUCAAUGGCUAUGUCUUUAUAGACACAUUCUCGAAUAGCACAAGUCGGUCAAUUGAUUAGUAAUCUGGCAUCUAACCAGUGUGACUGUGGCAUGAUGUUGACUACGAUUUAAAUCCAGCACAAUGACAAAGUCACGCUGGAUUGGAGUUGGGUUUCUAUUCGAUUAAUCGAGUUGUGCUAUUCGGAAUUAUUAUAUUUUUACUAUUUUGAGGCAUAACUUGGCUAUGACAUGUGGUAAGUUGUGAGAAUUGCUAUUCUAUAAGUUUAGACUUGCUAGAUUCAAGAUUGCUGGGUAAAUUAGGGUUGGUUGCUUGUAUUAUCUAAGGCUAUGGACUAUGUUUGGUGUACACUCUAAGUUACAGCUUGAUUGUAUCUUUGGAUUAUAAAUUAGGACUCAUAGGGUGAAACUAGCUAUCAGUUUGUAUGAGGAUGAGUCUGGUUUAUUCAAUGGAAAUGUCGGGUUAACCCUUUAGUCACGAGACACACUAGCUUAAGGUAUUACUAAGGUAUAUUAAACUAUAGACUAUAGAGCAUAGACCAUCCCAUAGGCUACAGGUUUACCAAGCAUCAGACUCCAAGAUUCUAGCCCAUACCUUAAUAUUUCCUAAGUUCAGCAGGAUUCCAGCAUUUCUAACAGUUCCUAAAGCAUAAAACUCAACAAUUUGCCUCAUGUCACUUGAAAUGUCAGUAUUAUCGCAGAGCUUCAAAACACUAAUGGUUGUAACUGUUGGCUAUAAUUACUUUAAUAUCCUGUUUUAUUGAACAUUAUAAAUAAAAUUAUUAAAAAUAAAGGAAGUACUCUUAAUAAAUUCCAA